CUCAAAUUAAGUGAUGCUGCUCUGAGAAUAGAAGUCAACAUCGAUGCUGUGGAUCUUCUGUCAUCUCCAGAUCCUCACAUGCUCAGCUGUUUGCAGGAGCAUAUCACUAAAUUACAGUCUGUUUCAGAAAGCUUAAAGACACUAGUGGAUGCUCACGGAGACGCGUCAUCUACAAAAGCCAACACAUUAGAUGAUGCCGUCACCUCGUUACUCGAAGAGCAGACGACUGCACUGUCUGAGCAGCAUCCUCCCAGCUCAGAGGCAGCGGAAAGCAAGACGGCGGCUGAUGACGUCAUGGUUCAGAUCAGAGCCAGGAAGUCGGAGAUUGAGCGAAGAAUAUCUGCAUUUAUGGAACGCAAGCAGAUGGAGAUCAAUGAAAACAAUGUACGCGAGUUUUGCAACGUGAUCGACUGCAAUCAGGAAAACAGCUGUGCCAGAACAGAUGCCGUUUUCACUCCUUAUCCAGGUUUUAAAAGUCAUGUGAAAGUUACACGAGUGGUCAACACUUACGGGCCCCAGACUCGUGGUGGGGGAGUCCAAGGAGAAGCAGGGGAUCAGCAGAGGGGGCUGAUGGCAAGAGACUGCGGAAAUGCAGCCAUAGAAGAACGACUCCACAACAUUGAGACUCACCUGAAACUUCCAACAGCGGGCCCAGUUCCAUUGAGCGUCUACCAGAGACUAAAGAAGCUGGAGGAUCGUAUCCUGGAGUUGGAGGGUCUCUCUCCCGAGUACUUUCAGUCCACGAGUCACCUGCACAAGCGACCAAAGACAUCUACCACUCAGGCCUGCAGUUUGACAGAGCUAGAUGAGAAGAUCAGCGCAGUCAAAGCAGCCCUACUGAAGAGGGUGAAUGAUUUCGGGCCUGGAUAUGGACCAGAUUGUCCACUGUAAUGUACACACACGCCAACACUCCAAACAAACUGUGUCAAUUAAUGCAUCAUUAGUUUUUAUUUGAGUCCAUCGCGUCCUUUGCAGCAAAAUUAUCACAAUAUGUGACCAAAAAAAAAGAAACGUGUCAUAUGAGCUUUAUUUCAUGGCCAGAAAAACUGUAUUCCCCUAAAUAGUUUUGUAGUUAAGAUAUACUGUAAUUGUUCUGUAAAUAAAAAUAUUUUUGCUUUCAAAAAA